UUUAUUUUUUAAACAACUGUUUUUUGUAAGGAGAAGAUACAAAAGUUAGGCAGAAAUUCGUUUUUGAUUGUUCAAAAGUUAAGCAGAAAUCGUUUUUGGCAAAAACGAUAAUCUAAAAGAUUGUACUACUUCAAAACAACUUUACACGGUAGCUGCAUUCCAUUCUUUUUUGGGCCCUUGCAGUGUGGGUAGUUCUGACGAGGGGUUUUAGCUACAGAUUGUUUCUUAUUAGGGUUUAACGCUACUUCCCUGUCCCUCCUCUGUGCUCCAUGGCGAAGAAGCCAAUGUCGAACGAAGAAAUAUGCGAAACAGGGGUAAUAGACGAGCGCGAGAAAGAGGAGGAGGAAGAAGAAGAAGAGCAGGACCUCGACGAUUGGGGAGAUUGGAGAAUGAACGAUGAAGACGAAGAAGGGAGCGAAAAUCAGGAGGCCAUUGAUAUUCUCUGCUUGUUCUGCGAUUCGAAGUACAGUUCGUGCCAUGUGCUUUUCGAGCACUGCCGUUCAUCUCACCGUUUCAAUUUCCACGGUAUAAGGAAAUCCCUCGCCUUGGAUUUCUACGGUUCUGUCAAGUUCAUCAACUACGUUCGUUCUCAGGUGAUGGAAAACAAAUGCUGGAGCUGUGGGUUUUCCUGUCAGUCCAAUCAAGAUCUUCAGAAUCAUUUGCAUGAAACAGUCAAUUUUGUAGGCAAUGUGCUUCCUUGGGAAAAUGAUAAAUAUCUAAGGCCUUUUGUGAAAGACGAUCCACUCCUUUACAGUUUUGAUGAAGAUGAAGAAGAAGAAAUUGAAGAUAAAUACAGCAUGUCAGCAGAUGUAGACGAACCUAGGAAGGAUGUGGGGAGUCUUGAAGAAAUUUGUGUUGAUGAUAAAAAGGAUGUGAAAGUGUUGGCUUGCGAUAUUGGAAACUCUAAUGAGAAUGGAAGGCAGGAGGUUGCUUCUGAUUCCAUUUGCUAUGCGAAGGGGGCAAUUCCUUUGGAGGACAUGACAAUCAAUGAUGCAAAUGAACAUUUGGGUUCAUGUGAUAGAAAACCAAAUGAUAAGAUUAUUGAAGUUUCUUUUUCAGAUGUUGUUGCAAAGGGUAUCAAGAAAGUGAAUGAGAAUUAUUUUGGGUCAUAUAGUUCAUUCGGCAUCCACAGAGAGAUGAUUAGUGAUAAGGUUAGAACAGACGCUUAUAGACAAGCUAUCUUGAGCAAUCCUUCUCUACUUAAUGGUGCAGUUGUGAUGGAUGUAGGCUGUGGUACUGGCAUAUUGAGUCUCUUUGCAGCUCAAGCAGGGGCUUCAAGGGUAAUUGCAAUUGAAGCCAGUGACAAGAUGGCGACAGUUGCAACUCAGAUUGCGAAAGACAAUGGCCUUUUGUGCAGUGAUAGCCCAAAUAAACACAGUAACCACUGCACUGGGGUAAUACAAGUGGUUCAAGGUAUGGUAGAAGAGCUGGAUAAAUCCAUGCAGAUUCAACCCCAUAGUAUUGAUGUGUUGCUGAGUGAAUGGAUGGGAUAUUGCCUGCUGUAUGAGUCAAUGCUCAGCUCAGUUCUUUUUGCACGGGAUCAGUGGUUGAAGCCAGGAGGUGCAAUACUUCCUGACCUGGCAACUAUUUUUGUUGCAGGAUUUGGAAGAGGGAGUACCAGUGUUCCGUUUUGGGAAAAUGUAUAUGGUUUCAACAUGUCCUGCAUUGGCAGGGAAGUUCUUGAGGAUGCAGCUCAAGCUCCCAUUGUUGAUGUUGUGGACAGUCAAGAUAUAGUGACUGAUGCUGUGGUUCUCCAGACAUUUGAUCUGGGAAGAAUGAAGAUUGAUGAGAUGGAUUUCACCAGUAGCAUCGAGCUGGAACCGAAGUUGGAUAAUCUGAUCAAGGAAACAGAAUGUUCAACAACUUUGUGUUAUGGAGUUGUGUUGUGGUUUGAAACUGGUUUUACUAGCAGGUUCUGCAAGGAAAUGCCGACUGUUUUGUCCACUUCCCCGUAUACCCCCAGAACACACUGGUCACAAACACUUCUUACAUUCCGAGAGCCAAUUGCACUGGCAUCAGGCAAAUAUAAUGCUGACAAAUUGGCAGCAGUUGGUUCUGAUGCCAAUCCUGCUUCCAAAAUGCAUACACGCAUCAGCAUUGCUCGUGCUUCUCAACAUCGCAGCAUUGACAUUUCCUUGGAGAUUGCAGGCAUAAGCCAUGAUGGUCGAAAACGUAAUUGGCCUGUGCAAAUAUUUAAUUUAUGUUAGGUUGUUUUUGUCAGCAGAAGUUUUGAGGUAUACAGGCUGAUUUCCUGUGUGUGCCUGUGAGUUGUUUAAUUUUGAGAUGCUAUUCUUGUCCUUUUUCCCUAACUAAGAAGUUGUAAUUCUUGUAUUUUAAAAAAUAUUUUGUUUUAAUUUACAACUCACUGAUAUUCAGCUAAA